AUGCCACCACCUGAUAGGAAAGUGACUAAGGGUAAGACCCUCCUGCAGUCUUACUUGAAUACAUUCAAUCAACAAAAUGAAGAGGCAACUACUGUCUUAUCAGUGAACAACAGUGCUGAUGAAGAACCAGAUUCUGGGGUGACAUACUUUGUAGAUGAAGAGGGAAGAUAUUAUUAUCAGCCUGCUGGAGACAAUCAAAACCUUGUCUCGUUGCCAACUAGUGUCAGUGAAGAAAAUGAUGAGGUAAUAGCAGAAGAAGAUGAAUCACAAAUGUUGGUAGAUGGAGAUGGGUAUCAGACAGUAACAUUGGUACCCUCUGAAACAAACACAGGCGAAGUGAGCUAUGUGCUGGUGGUGCAAGAAGAAACAAAGCCAGUUGUAAACAUCAAUAUUAAGGAUGAAAAACCUAAUGAAGAUGUGUAUACUUUUGAAGAAGAAGAGGAAGAGGGUGUUGCAGAGGGAAGUGAUGAUGACAAUAACGACAAAUCCAAGAAUAACUCAGGGAACAAGCGUUCAAAGUACUUGCGGCCUCACUUUACAUGCAAUUUUUGUACUUAUACCAGUCAUCGGAGAUAUUUGCUUUUGCGCCAUAUGAAAUCCCACUCGGAAGAUCGUCCACAUAAAUGCAGUGUAUGUGAGCGCGGCUUCAAAACUAUUGCAUCCCUGCAGAAUCAUGUAAACAUGCACAAUGGUGUCAAGCCACAUGUUUGCAAGUAUUGCAACAGUCCAUUCACAACUUCUGGUGAAUUAGUGCGGCAUAUCCGAUAUAAGCAUACGCAUGAAAAACCCCAUAAAUGCACCGAGUGUGACUAUGCAUCUGUUGAAUUGUCAAAAUUGCGCCGCCAUGUACGAUGCCACACAGGGGAGCGUCCAUAUCAGUGCCCACACUGCACUUACGCAUCACCGGACACAUUCAAACUGAAGCGUCACCUCCGCACGCAUACUGGGGAAAAACCAUACAAGUGUGAUCACUGUAACAUGUGCUUCACACAAUCCAACUCAUUAAAGGCACAUAAACUGAUCCAUAAUGUGGCUGAAAAGCCAGUGUAUGCUUGUGAGCUAUGCCCAACCAAGUGCGGUCGUAAAACUGAUCUUCGUAUCCAUGUUCAGAAGCUUCAUACAUCUGAUAAACCAUUGAAAUGCAAGAGAUGCGGAAAAUCUUUCCCUGAUCGCUAUUCCUGCAAAAUGCAUAACAAGACCCAUGAAGGCGAGAAGUGUUUCAAAUGUGACAUCUGCUUGUAUGCAUCAACUACAUUACGACAUCUUAAAUCGCACAUGCUCAAGCACACUGAUGAAAAACCAUUUGUUUGUGAUCAAUGUGAUCAGACUUUCAGACAAAAGCAACUGCUACGUCGUCACCAAAAUCUGUACCAUAACCCGGACUACGUGCCAAAGCCACCGAAAGAUAAGACUCAUACAUGUCACGAGUGCAACCGCACUUUUGCGCACAAAGGCAACCUGAUCCGGCAUCUUGCUGUUCACGAUCCAGAAUCUGGUCAUCAUGAACGUGCUCUCGCACUGAAGAUUGGCCGCUUGAAGAAGGUCAAAGAUAUUAACAAUCCACUCAAGGAUAUAGUUGAAGAGGAUUCAGAUAAUGAGCAAGAAGAGGAAGAGGAUGUUAAGAUAGGAAUGGGCGAUAAAGAUUUGAAGCGUGGUGAAUUUGUUACCGUUGCUGACGGUGAUGGUCAACAAUAUGUUGUUCUGGAAGUUAUCCAAUUGGAAGAUGGCACUGAGCAGCAAGUAGCUGUUGUAACACGAAAUUAUAUUGAAGAGGAAGACCAAGUAGAGGAAGAGGAGGAGGAGGAGGGGGAAGAGGAGGAAUCUGCGAUUGAAGAUAAGAAAGAUCGGAGUAUUCUAGAGAAUGAAGAAAAACAGAAGACACUUGAAAGGACCAUUAAAUUAGAGAAAGAUGUCGACACAUGUUUUGGAUUUGAUGAAGAAGAGGAGGAAGAAGAAAGUUACAAUGACAAGAUGAUGUUACGUUUAGUGUAA